CCAAACCGUUGCAACAAGCGAGACACGGCACUCUUCCGUCCAAAAAGUCAUCUGUGGCGUCCGGCUGCAAUUUCACCUUCGUCUGGCUGAGCGUCGAUUGGAAACAAGUCUCACAUUUACCUCGCCAUGGCUGCUGUACAGACUUUUUACCUACCACAUUAUCCCACGUACCCGAUCCACGUCUGCAUGUUCAAGGACGUGUCGAACGCCGCACACCUGCGGAGCCAGCUCCUUGAGGCAAACCCGGAGUUUGACUUUGCAUUUCUGGAUGCUACGAUGAUCCUCUCCCCCAAUCACCUUCUAUCUGCCUCUUUCCUCGCCCUCCACGCUCACUUAACCUCCCGGUCUAAAACCCGCACUCCUCACUCCGAACUCGUCUUCCGCCUUCACCCUAACAACAACAUUGGUGAGUCCUACCGAAAGUUCGGUCUCAGCGACUCCACUACCCACAUCGUCGCCGUAAAACUUAGUCUCUCACCGUCUGUAACCGCGGAAGCUGUAAGUAGGCACCUAAGCCAGCAUAUUGAGGGCACGAGUGUUGAGAUAGGGGAGGGCGGAGAGGGAAUGGGGAUGUGGGCAGACAGAGAAAAGAUCUCGAAGAUUUACAAAUUGGACGUUACGACGGAUCGGAGCGGGAAGAAAGGUAGGAAGGAGAAAGUUGUGAAUGGGGAUGUGGGAAGAGAGGGGGAUGAGGUUAAGGAGAUGGAGAUGGUGAUUUUGGGGAUCAUGACUACGAAAGGAUCAUAGUCGUAACCACAUAGCUUCCCCUGCCCCACUCGUCUAUAGCGCUCGACCUCGCCCCGAGACGGACAUUGGGAAUAACCUUUCGGAAUUUCGGGUGCGCUGUACUCAGUUCUAUUAGCCAUGUGAUAUUGGCUAGCGCAACGGUAGCAAUGAGCUGGGCGGCCAUUAAUGGACGGCGAUCUUACAACUGACGCCGAUUCAAAAUGCAGGAUC